AUCAUGUGCAACUUCUGGAAGCAGCAAGCGCAGUGAGGCUUCUUCAUUUGAGAUGUGUGCAGACGUGAGACGGAACUUGACACCGAGGCGCAGAGAGCAUGAAGAUCAGGUUAGAAACAUCUCCAAAUCGCAUGCCGCGUACUGAAAUCUAAGCCGGGGACAUCGAGAAGUGUGACAUAAUCUCCAAGACAUCUGAAAACUGCGCUCCCCCAAACCAGGAUCCAGGGGUGUUUUGGAGAGAUGAGUGGACGUCUGUUACUCACUACUCUCGUUGAGAUCUAUAAAAGAGGGGCGGACACAAACUCCCAUCAAACGUCAGAGCGCACUAAACUAUAAAUCUCUCCAAGCAGCGCUGUGCGCCCGGUGUUGUGAUAUGCGCAGACAUCUGUCCUGCUUUUCAGUGCAGUUGGAGCGCGGCGCGCAUGGACACUCCACGCAGGGAAUGGAGAAUGAGAUGUUUACCACGUCAAGAUUAGUUUGAGAAGCUUUUUUUUGUUGUUUAUUCAGGAUAAAGGGGCGUUUUUGGUUGUUUUGUUGAGGGGUUAUUAAUUUGGGGGGAAACGGACAACUUUUACGCUUCACUUUGUGUGCUGGAGACACCGAUGUCUUCAUUAGGCUCCUCUCAACCGGAGAUGGUGGAUCUCUCUCGGAUUUCCAGCCCGGAAACGUAGCGUCCAAUUUUUAAGCGACUGAAGCCCCGCAAGGCACAGUGGCACUCGGUCCACUGCCUCCUACACCUCGCCUUGGAUUGGACUCCUACGAGACUGGUCACUGGAGAGAGACGCAUGGUUUGCUCGAAACGCAGGGUCGGAUUGUGAAAAACUGGCACAUUACCUAUAGCCUAUCUGUUUUUCUUUCUUUUCCUUUUUUGUUUGGACUAAAGCUGAAUUUGACCCCGCUCUGGGGACAUUUGCUCAUCGAUGUUUUUGAAAUAUUUCACCCAGCCAAGUCAGCUGGGGACGCUAAACGAAAUGUGUUUUCUGUUUGGAUUGUAACACCAACAGUCAAGCGAGUUUUAAGUCAUGAUGGGGCAUAUGUAAGAUUUGUGUGUUCACAGCAUACACCAGAUAAAGUGUGGAUCAGAGCCUCUUGACAUGAUGACACAGUUAUUAAUACAGAAUGAAUUGGGCUUUCUUUAUAGGAACUGAGUCUAAAAUGAAGUUAUGGGAUGUUUUGGCCACGUGUUUGUUGCUGCUGAGCUCUGUUGCUACAAGGCCUCUUUACCAAAGCACUCAUCCAGCCAAGAGGACUUACUUUCCCAGCAGCAGUCAUCCUGCGUCCCUGUCUGUGGAAGACGAAGAGCCACUGUUCCAGCGCAAGGAGCGCAAACUGAAAGAUAUCUCAAUGGAGGAUCAGUAUGAUGCUGCAGGUUUCUACCCUGAGCAGUUUGAGGAUGUGAUGGAUUUUAUCGAGGCGACCAUCAGCAGGCUGCGGAGGUCAUCGGAACCCGCCAUUGGCUCCAGAGGCCGGCGGGAGCAGAAGCAGAGAAAAGCAGCAAACACGGGAGGCAGAAGAGAGGAAGGCAGAGGGCACGGAGUCAAGAGGAAGAGUAGAGGUCGUGGGGGAGGUCGCGGCAGCAAAGGAGGCAGAGGCGACAAGGGAAAGGAGGGGAUAUACGUUCAGAGCCGAGGUUGCCUGCUGAAGGAGGUCCACCUCAAUGUGACGGAUUUGGGGCUGGGAUACCAGACUAAGGAGGAGCUGAUAUUCCGAUACUGCAGCGGCCCCUGCGCCGAGGCGGAGACCAACUACGACAAGAUCCUGAACAACCUCACACACAACAAAAAGCUAGACAAAGACACGCCCUCGCGCACCUGCUGCCGCCCAAUUGCAUUCGAUGACGACCUGUCCUUUUUGGACGACAACGUGGUGUAUCACACCCUGAAAAAGCAUUCAGCCAGGAAGUGCGGCUGUGUUUGACCAAACACUGGACAUGAGCAGCAGCCACGGGACCCCGCCCCCUUUUUAAAAUCUGCUGUUGCAACGGGACGGAUUACUGUUGGAAAUGUGUGUAAAAGGUCAUAGGGGAUCACAAGGCCUCAUAUUUUUGUCCCCCCAAAAGGAGUGAAAAAACAGACACCAACUCUGGAACUGCCCGUCAAGAGCAAACUUUGGACAGUCACUUGAGUAUUUUGUUUGUGUGCAUCCAAAACGGUAUCAGGUGUGCACCGCCUUGCAGACUCUAAAACACUGCUGCACCUGCAGAAGAACCUAAAGGAGGAUUUCUGUCUUUUUUUUCUUUCCUUGCUUGUUGGCAGUCUGAAGAUCUGCCUCAUCUGGAUGUUAACAGAAACAUCAGAACCAAGGAACCACAGCAGAGAGCAACUGCAUACAAAUCCACUCCUAUAUAUAUAUAUAUAUAUAUAUAUAUAUAUAUAUAUAUAAAUAGUAAGAGGUAUAUUUAUUAAGACGAAAUUAACUUAUUGUUAUUUAUUUCAAUCCAUUUUAUGAGAGAAAUUGUCUUUUUUUUAUUUAUUUAACAGCUUUGCUCGUCCUGGAUGGUGCCUAAGUAGAGCAUCUUCUCAUUGUAAAGAGUUAACUACAACGGCUAACGUACACUCCCACACAUAUUAGUGUUGCUUUGUGUAUGACAUUUAGAUUCCAGGGGUUUGCUUUUUUUUUCCAAAAUGAUCAGCAUUAGUCAUCAGGAAGUGUUUAGUUAGAAAUGCAGAGACAGGGACCAAUACAGGAGAUCUGAUGGCUCAGAUGCUUGUUUGCAAUGGUUUUUUUGUUUGCGGUCACUCAUUUCUCCUUAAUGUGACCACUCUGGAUCCAGCCUGAUGGGCCUCAAAACUACAUUUCAGUUUACUGUCUGUUUACAAGAAAGCGAAUCGUGUUUGCUUGACAGCAGCUUUGAAAAAAUGAAGGAGAGAUUUUCCCUUUUAAAGACCCACUCCCAUCUUCUUUUUAUCCAUUGUAAAAGCGUUCCCAGUGGUCUUUUAACUAUGACUAUUGUUUUGUAGGACUGAACUCCUGCAGAGCGGCAGGAAUUCAGUGGAAAUUCGCGAGUUGUGGGCUGGACUAUUGGGGCGAAGUAAGCCUGUCGUUAUUUCCCAUCAUCCGUUUCUUGACAUUAUCUCCUGCUAGCUUACAGCCCCUCACAACCUCAACCUUUCACUAUCGGUGCAACAAAAACGGUGAGCAAACUUGGAGCUUUCCAGUCGUACAAUUUUGACAUAGAUACCAGCUAUAUAGAUAGAUACCAGGGAGCUUGUGGCCCGCUGACUGUAGCAGCUACAUCACAGCUACAAGCUUUUUGUCACACAAUCCUGAUUGACCAUGGUUUGAAUACAGAAAUACCAAGAAAUGUAGUUUUAAUUUUCUUUAUCUAUGUCCUAUAAUUUGAGAAAAAUGCUAAAAGAACUUGUUAAAAACGUGGUUUGUAUUGGAGUGGGUCUUUAAAAAUUUCAUCCUCUGCCCCCCCAGAAAACAGGCUGAUCAGGACUGGUUAUUCAAAACCCGGCCCUGGACUCAUACCAGGCCUGAAUCAGGCUUUGCAGUGGUCCCUGUAGGAUUUAAAGUUCACAGGACUGCCAGCUUUUUGCUCUGUGACUGACAGGUCCUAUUUCCUCAAAGGGGAUUUGAAAGUGAUCCUCCAACGCGAGUCUUAACCAAAUAUCGCUGCCGGCAAAAGGCAGUUAAAGAAAAGUCUAGCUACUGUAGCGUCUGUCAUCACCCAAAUGAUGUAGAAAUCAAAAGAGUAGACAUUUGGACUAAAGAGUAUGUUUAGGAAUAACCCAGUGAAGUCAAAAGGGUUGGCUCAACAAGCUCGCUUUAGGCUGUAGAUUUAUUCCCAAAUUAAAACCCCAACUGUUCAUGAAGGAGGCUCUUUUGAGAGCUCGCCGCUUUGCUCAGCGCUUUAAGUGGAACUGAGAGAGCCUCUUGUAGGUCUUGAUGUUAGCACGGAUUAGGGACCAAGGUAUCUGUGCCCACCCAGCAGCAAGCAGGUCAGCUGUAGUGAAUAAUCCCCCCUCCACAGGAAAAAAAAAAAAAAAUCCACAUCAAUCUGAAUUUAGGCCAAACGGCACACAGAGGAGGAAAACUAGCUCGUAUCAGAACAUACUUCAUCAAGUGAAUCAUCUUCUUUUUUUAACAUCUGAUUUGGGCAGAAACGAUUCCAGAUGAGAAUGUGCUCCCAAGAGAUCUACCUUUAGCGCCUCACAGAUACCAAAAGAUUCAAGCCUGUCGCAAAUUCAGUUUGUUCGUUCUACUUUGUAAUUUACUUUUCAGUUUGAUACGAAAGAGUCCGCAGUGUGAAUAUUUGAAGUUAGAUUUGUUUUCUCUCCGUUAACACCCACAUGAGAAAAAAGAAAAAAAAGGAACCCUGUCAUGUCACCUCAUUUGUUUUGUGUUACAGAACCAAAGCUCUCUGCAAACUUUAUUUUUGUACAAUAUUCAUUUUAUAACUUUUUACAGAAGUAAACUUGUUUCUAUUUAAUGAA